UGACUAAUUACCAAAUCCAAUACAUUAAAUCGACAUUGAAAUAGACCUCUUUCCAGCAAGUGGUUACAGCGCGGCAUAAUGACAAACAAACGACAGAUGUCCUUCGAGGCCAAUGAAACAGUACUCUGUUUCCAUGGCCCAUUGUUGUAUGAGGCUAAAAUUUUGAAAACGGAUUGGAGAAGUCUUGACCCACAUGGUGAAGAAGGCCCUGUAUAUCUUGUUCAUUACCGCGGCUGGAAGCAAACCUGGGAUGAAUGGGUACCGGAAUCGCGCGCUCUCAAAUGGAAUGAAGCUAAUCUUGCAAAACAGGCAAGCUUGAAGGAGUCGUACCCUGGUAAAAAAAAGACAGUUUCAAAGACAUCAGGAUCCACUGAGAGCUCAGAUAGAGGGAAAAAGCGAGCCAAGGACACUAGUGUGGACAAAGAGGAAGAUUUUAUUAAGAGACCAGAGAUCAAAGUACCCAUUCCAGACUCUCUAAAGACUCAGCUCGUUGAUGAUUGGGAGAAUAUCACAAAGAACCAUCAGCUCGUGCCACUUCCAAGGACACCGAAUGUGGUUCAGAUUCUGGACAUGUACAGGGACUCAAAGAAAGACAAAAAGACUAAGAAUGAUGAGAUUUUUCAAGAGGUCCUGUCAGGAGUCAAGACAUAUUUCGAUAAAUGUCUUGGGAACAUGCUUCUAUACCGGUUCGAACGCCAGCAGUAUGUUGAUAUUCGAAAAAAGAACGUGGGCAAAGAGGACUCUGAGAUUUAUGGUGGCGAACAUUUACUCCGUCUAUUUGUACAAUUUCCCAUGUUGAUUGCACAUACAGAGAUGGAUCAAGACUCGAUCAAUGCGUUGCGGGAGAAUCUAGUUGAUAUUCUUAAGUGGAUGCAGAAGAAUCAUAAAGAUCUACUUCUGUCAGAAUAUGAAAACGCUAGUCCUGCAUACCAGUCAAUUGUCAAGUCAUAAUGGAUGGCCGAAAAUACACGUAUAUCCUCGCAGUGCACUUUUAUGAAAGAGUGCUCAUCUAAUACAAAUAAAAGAUUGUUCAUGUUCACA